AUGACGCAUGCUAUGCUGAAGAAAGAAGAAGAUCGAGGUAAGCAAGGAAGAAUCAGUCGAACGUUUUUAUCGCAAUUCAAUCAGUGGCCACAUGUUUUCAAUCUUGCGAAUUGUAUCGUUGGUGUUAGUAUGCUUGCCAUGCCGUAUUGUUUACAACAGUGUGGAAUUUUGCUUGGUACCGUUCUAAUUGGGAUUUGUUCGGUGUUGACCAAAAUCACUUGUCAUUUGUUGUAUCAAGGAGCGCUCCUGACACGUCGUCGAAGUUAUGAAUCUAUGGCAUCGCACGCUUUUGGCAGCAAUGGAAAACGUCUCGUUGAGUUGCUCACGAUUUUAUUUUUAAUGUCGUGUGUCAUAUCAUUUAUGGUUGUUAUUGGUGAUAUUGGUCCUCACGUAUUAGCUGAUUACUUGGAAUUGCAAGCGCCUACUCAAAGGUUGCGAAUUCUUGUUAUGGUAGUAAUUUUUCUCUUUGUUAUAUUGCCACUGUCACUUUUUCGUAAUGUAACCAGUUUAUCGAAAAUUAGUUCAAUAACUGUAUUGUUUUAUGGUAUAUUUGUAUUACGCAUGUUAGCCGAAUGCAUUCCACGAAUCUUCGACUGCAAUUGGAGUACUGAUAUACGUUGGUGGCGACAAGAAGGUUUACUAAAUAGCUUGCCCAUUAUUUCGAUGGCACUGUCCUGUCAAACGCAGUUGUUUUGUGUUACUGAUUGCAUAAAAGAACCGUCGGCUGCUAAGGUGGAUACAGUAGUUUCGAGAGCAGUGAAUAUAUGUAGUGGUAUGUACACAGCUGUUGGUUUGUUCGGAUAUGUUGCCUUUCACGAUAUCGAAUUAUAUGGUGAUAUUCUCUUAUAUCUGCAAAGUUCCUUACUGACCCAGCUAAUGAAACUAGCUUUCAUGUUGUCGGUAGCCGUCAGUAUUCCACUUAUGUUGUUUCCAGGUCGAAUUGCGUUCUAUAGUCUCUUGAAAUCGGAUACUUGUGAAUACGCUAUGCUGCGUGUACCUUCAUUGAUGUUCGUUUCACUAACAAUAUUUCUCUUAUCUUCUUGUUUAUUAACCGCAAUAAUUGUACCAAAUGUAGAAUUUAUACUUGCAAUGACGGGUGCGACGAUUGGUUCUCUUGUGUCGAUCAUUAUUCCAUCGUUGUUAUUUCUAUCAGUAUCUCGUGGCGUCGAACAAUGUCGUCCUUUGAUGUUUUAUGCAAAAAUAUCUGUAACAGUCGGUUCGCUUAUGCUCGUCGGAAGUACAUGGGCAGUUUUACAUACGGAACAGGAAACAAAUGUUGUCGACAUCAUUUUACCGAAACAAAUAGGUAAUGAAAAAGUGGAAAUUGCCUUAAAAUAUUUGGAAAAGGUCAAAACCGGUGACAAUAACACGAAAUUACAGAAUACAUCUCCGGAGGAUGAACGAAACGAAAAAACGAUGAAAUUCAUGAGAGGAAAACGGAAAAGGAAGCAGAAUGUAGGCAUUAUUAUGGAUGAAGAAACCAAGACAUUGCUACAUGAAAUCAGAGAACAACGCAAAGUGCAGAGUAGAAUUUUAAAAGAGCAGCGGGCGAUUGUCGAUGAACUGAAGAAGCAUAACGAAAUGCUAGAAAAGGUGACCGUGGCUGACAUUUCGAAAGUAAACACAGAUGUCAAGCGGACAAAAGAUCAUGUAAAUUUUAUUGAAGAAGAAAAAUUCGGAGAGGAAUGA